AACAUACUGUGAAAGGGAGUCUGCUCUUAAAGCCCAGAGUGCACUGCAUGAACAGAAGACACUGCCAGGGAUGAACAGACCAAUCCAGGUGAAACCAGCGGACAGCGAGAGCCGAGGAGAAGACAGAAAACUCUUUGUGGGCAUGCUCAACAAACAGCAGUCAGAAGAUGAUGUGCGCCGGCUAUUUGAAGCAUUUGGGAACAUUGAGGAGUGCACGAUCCUUCGGGGACCAGACGGAAACAGCAAAGGGUGUGCGUUUGUGAAAUAUUCCUCACAUGCGGAAGCCCAGGCAGCCAUUAAUGCCUUGCAUGGAAGCCAGACAAUGCCGGGAGCCUCAUCGAGCCUGGUGGUCAAGUUUGCAGAUACGGACAAGGAGCGUACCAUGAGGCGCAUGCAGCAAAUGGCUGGGCAGAUGGGCAUGUUCAACCCAAUGGCGAUCCAGUUUGGAGCAUAUGGCGCCUACGCACAGGCACUGAUGCAGCAACAGGCUGCCAUCAUGGCAUCCGUGGCUCAAGGAGGAUACCUAAACCCCAUGGCAGCCUUUGCUGCAGCUCAGAUGCAACAGAUGGCAGCGCUCAACAUGAACGGCCUGGCCGCCACACCCAUGACGCCCACCUCUGGUGGCAGCACGCCUCCAGGCAUCACCGCACCAGCCGUGCCUAGCAUCCCAUCUCCCAUUGGGGUGAACGGUUUCACUGGCCUACCGCCACAGGCUAAUGGGCAACCCGCCGCAGAAGCUGUCUUUGCCAACGGCAUCCACCCUUACCCAGCACAGAGUCCCACUGCAGCCGAUCCCUUGCAGCAAGCCUACGCUGGAGUGCAGCAGUAUGCAGGUCCUGCUUACCCUGCUGCCUAUGGUCAGAUAAGCCAAGCCUUCCCACAGCCGCCUCCCAUGAUCCCACAGCAACAGAGAGAAGGUGAGCAAAGUUGUAAUUUGCUGUUUAUGCACCAACUUCCCAAAACUUUUGGUCCUAGCAAGCAUAUGCAAAUUUUUAUACCUUCUGGCUUUGUGAGUUUUGACAAUCCUGCUAGUGCCCAAGCUGCCAUCCAGGCUAUGAACGGUUUCCAGAUUGGCAUGAAGAGGCUGAAGGUGCAGCUGAAAAGGCCAAAGGAUGCUAACCGCCCCUACUGAAGCAUUGUGGGAAACACUGGAUAAGCAAGGUCUAGCACAGGGCAUCAGCUGAAUGGGCCACCUUUAGAGAAAUAUAUAUAUAUAUAUUAAAUAAAUAUAUAUAGGAACGAGAACUGUUGGAUUACACCUUUAACAUAUCAGCAAAAUUAUCAGUCAAGCUGAAGACUUCAGACUUUACUCUCUUUCUGAUUGUUCAGACUGUCAACAUUUUCUUCAAGAAAAGUCACGUCAGCUGAGAUUUCGAAGGACGCGCGCUUGGAAAAUAAAAACAAAAUGAAAACCCAUAACAACGAUAGAAGCAAACAAACUUAACAAGCAAACAAACAAAAUCAAAUUGCAAGGGGAGGAAGAUCGACUAGGAUUUCUGCAGAGAAACUGAUGUCACCACAGCGGCUUUUCUUCCAAACCGGAAACGCAAACCUUGACACUGAGAAAAGGAGUGCCUGUUUGCCACCAGGGAUGCGGCUGCUAUGGAUAACCCAUGGCACUCAUCACUAAAGCAUCUUUAUCUGUCAUUCCUUAGCUAUAUAGGGACCAAAGGACAUAACUUUUUAUCGCAGACUUGUAGCUGUAUGUAAAUUAAAGAAGUUCUUUCCUUUUUCUCUGAGCUGUUCCUAUAACAGUUUUUGAGAGCAAUUAUAUGAAAUAUGUAAAAACUGGGGCGGGGAGGGGAAUAUGCUUAAACGCUUUUAAAACAAACCAACAAAAACUGGCAAGAUAAUAGUUCUUUGAUACUUUGGGCGGAUCUUUGGUUAUACCUUAAUUAGAGUCUAUGAAACUUUCAUAUGGUUUUCUGUAUAAUAAUGUACGGAACGAGUGGUUCAAAGGGAUCAAGUUGAGGGGGGUUUCGCUGGAGAAAGCAAAAAAAUGAAGAUUGUGGAAAGGGCAGAAAAUCAAACGAAUGGGUGGACUGUAAGCGGAAAAACAAAACGGAAGGCAGAUGUGACGUAGAAAGAAAGCAGGUUUGUAAAUGCUUCUGACUCCCCCCUCUCCCCCAUAAAAUCCUAAUAGUUGUACAGAAUUUAAAAGAAAAAAAGUUUAAAAUACCUAUAUAAUAGGGGACAAAAGGAUUAGAUGACAUAAAAUGCAAAAAAGGCAAAAAAAAUAUACAUAGAAGUUAGCAUCAAUGCUACGAAACAAAGAUGUUGUAGAACUGUAACUUUUGUAGAGUUUAGAUUGAAAUCAGUUCCUGCUCUCAGCCAACUGCUGUUGGAAGCUGUGUCUUAUCGAGGGAUUUUGGGGGGCGGGUGGGACGGGUUUUCGGGGGGAUGGGAAAGCCAAGAGGAAGAUGGCUUAACUCGGCAGCUUUUUUAACCGCAAGCAUUCCAGCUAGUAAUCAAUAAAUAAACAAAUACGCAAACAGAACCAACUCCUCCAUUUCUUGUAGACCGUCAACCCCAACGUGAAACUUCUAAGAGCUGUCUUCUUACAAGCUACCCAAAGCGAGUGUGAACGUGACAAAAACGGAACGCAAAAACAAGAGGGGUGGGAGGGGAAGGGGAAAGGAAAGGGAAACUACAGCUAAGGCGGCUUUCAUGUUUCCAUAAAGUGUUGUCAGAGACCUCCUGACAUCUUUGGCUUCCGUAGCUUCCAUGUUUGCUCUAGAACCCUCCAGGACAAAGGGGGGGCGGGUGGGAGCAGGGUUUAGCCUAGAACCUUAAUCUUAAAAAAAGAGAAAAGAAACGAAAAAUGUGUAAAAAAUAUAUAAAAAGGACACACACACAUUAAAAAAAAGAAAAAAAUGACAAAAAUGCAAUCUCUUUGAAGAAUUUCUGAAACUGUUUACAAGGAAUUUUGAAAAACAGGGGGAUGUUUAAAAAAAAUAAAGAUGCUGGCUCUGUUUUUCUGUAAAUAAAUUUGCAUAUUUUGUAGGACUUUUAAUUGUAAUGAUAGAGAAAAAAAUCAAGGAAAAAACUAUUUAAGGAAAGCACGAUAUUUAUCUUUGGUAAAUGACUUUAGAGCAGUUAAAAAAAGAAGUUGCUUUAAAAUCUGAAUCAGAAAAAUAGAAACAAUGAAUUAUUUAAGAACACAUAUAUUUUAAAGUAUAUCAUAUUUAUUAUAAUUUAUUUCCACUGCAUUAAGAUUUAAAUUUUUUUAAGGGUGUGUUUUCCCUUCUUAUUCCAUGUUAUCAGAUGAAAAACAAAAGGACAUAGUUCUUUCUGGUUAAUGCUUUGCCUUUGGGUUAGAUUUGAGAUUCUUUCUUUCUUUUUUCUUCCUUUCUUUUUCUUAUUUUAGAGAAUAACAUGUUAUUUCUUUCUCCCUGUUGGGCCUAUUUCGAAGCCUUCAUGCCGGCUAAACACCCUCUGGCCUUCUCUGGUUGUUUAGCUGGGAUAAGGCAGCCGAAAGAGGGCCAUAUCUAGGUGUGUAAAUGCCGUUGCAGUUCCAUACAACUGCUCUCUGAUUCUCAAUUCCCUAAAACUCCUUGUAAUCUUCUGUAAUUAUUGAAUGACGCUUACCAGCUUAGCCCUAAAUAAA